AUGAACGGCUACCACAAGUCUGAGCACGGAAAAAGCCGUGCAGAUCCAGGGAGUACACGCUGGGUUUACAACAAGUUCCUGCGAACUCAAACCAAGCUACGCUGGGUCUGUGGCCUGUGCAACGUGUGGUGCAAGGACGAAAACGGCUACAAAUGCCACCUGGAGCACGAGAACCACAUCCGCAAGUCGGAGAUUUCGCGCAAGAGUAAGGCCCGUGAAUUCAACAUGUCACCGCGGGACGAGGCCUUCGCGACAAGCUUCGUGCAGUUCCUCGCACUGAACUACAUGAACCAGAAGGUACUGCUCCAUGAGGUGUACCGGGAGAUGUAUCCCCACGAUCGCAACCAGAGGUUGAUGCAUGACACCUGCUGGGGCAGCCUCGGUACCUUCAUCAAUGCCCUUAGCAAGAGCGGAGAAUGUGAGGCUGUGAAGGGGCCCAAGGGCUGGGUGGUGCGCAUCGACCAAGAUAUGGUGGUGGCUGCCGAAGCCGAGAAAGACCAAAAGAUCUCGUCUUUCAUGUUGGCCCAGGACGACGUCGACCAACCGCCGGUUCCCGAGUCUCGAGGCGAGAGGAUGCAGGCCUCAUGGGACAGGAAUCUGAAGCAGGCGGCAGCCUCUACCAAGCGGCCCUUUGAGAACGACGGCGGCGCCAAGCGCGCGGCCGCAGCGGCGCGCGAGGCCAAACGACUGGCCACGUCCUCCGGAGCACAGGACCCGCCAGAGAAAGCGGAGGAGACGGAGACGUUAAGCGCCAACCGUGGCAAGGUGACCUUCCAGUUUGGUGGCAAAAAGGCCAGUCAGGCUCCUGCACCUCAAACGGAGGCAAUUGAAGAAGACGUGGUCAUCCUGGCGGCGGCAGCGCCUGCGUCGCCGGCAGCAGCGCCUGCCGCAGAGCCGGAAGCAAAGGAAGCCGACGUUGUCAUCGUGUCGGGAGAUCUGGUAUGGCCUCCGGGGCUCGUGGUGAAGAUCCAGUGUCCAGAUACCCCCCUGCACGGCCUGAAGGCCGUGACACAGGAGGGUGAUCAGUCCAGGGGCCUGGUACCUGUGAAGCUGCUGAAGCCUCCCGAGGGAGUUCGGCCGGUCACGAAGCUGAGGCCUUCGCUUCUCGAAACCGUCCUCCCAAAGUUCGGCAACAAAGUUCUCGUCCUUCGGCCUGGUGACCCAGACCCUCCCGAGGGCACGCUGCAAUCCGUGGAGACCGACACCUUUACCUGCACGGUUCUCUUAGAUGACGGCCAGCCCUUAAAAGGGCUGCCCUACGAUCAGGUCUGCAAGAUCUGGGCAGGGUAG